GCCCGCCUGCCCAGCGCUUCAGCUUUCUUCUUCUUUCUUGCUUCCGUCUCUCGGGAAAGAAUUUCUUUCCCUUUCUUUCUACCCACUGACACUGUCUUCUCCUUCCUUCUCUUCUCUUCAGCUUGACUCUUGUCUCUAGGGUUUGUUCUUUACUGUCUCAGUUCUCGCCGCCUUCCCUCUCUCUCCUCUAUGGUUUGCCAAUUUUAGAUUCUUCCAAUUGCUUCAAUUCUGUACCCUAGAGUUCGGGAGCCUCCAAAUCUUAGUGCUCCGAGAUGGAGGAAAGGAGCAGCGGCGCCGGCGGAGGAGGAGAGGAAUCGUCUUCUUCCAGGACCACUCCUUCGUACGUGAAAUUGGGGGACAGGCAGAUUUUCACGGUGGAGCUCCGGCAGGGAGAGACGACAUUCGUCUCGUGGAAGAAGCUGAUGAAAGAUGCCAACAAGAAUUGCAGUGGAUCUGCGCCAGUUCCGGACCCGCCUCCUCCGGCCAACGUCCACCCGAACCUGGAGUCUCGUAUUGCGCCGGGACAACGGGCAGAUAAUGAAGAAAAUGAUGAUCCUCAUCCUCAUCGUUUCAGUGCUGUUAUUGAGAAGAUUGAACGCCUUUACAUGGGGAAGGAUAGCAGUGAUGAUGAGGAUUUGAAAGAUGCCCCCGAUGAUGAUCAGUAUGAUACAGAAGACUCUUUUAUCGAUGAUGCUGAACUGGAUGAAUAUUUUGAAGUUGAUAAUUCCGCAAUAAAGCACGAUGGAUUCUUUGUCAACAGGGGAAAACUUGAGCGCAUAAGUGAGCCUGCUGCUGUUCCUAACCAGCAACCAAGGAAAAGGAGGAGAAAAGAUUUAAAUAAGGCUCCUUCUGACAGUGCUGAUGUUAAUGUACCUAAUAAACAUGCUAAGAUAGGAAAAUCAGCAGUUGGAAAGACAGUGCAAUCACUUGGAAAGAACUCCUCUAGCCCCUCUCUGGAUUUGGUUAGAUCAGGGGGAUACAAAGAAGAUGUGAAGCCUCAUGAUCUAUCUGGAACUUCUUCCAACAAGAAAUAUGAUGAGUCUAAACUAUGCUUGGAUCCAUCUUCAACUUCAAUCACAAAGACGUCAAAUGGUGAGACUUCAGCAUCAAUGUUAGAAGGGAAGGAUGUUCAGAUGCAGAAGCCUGGAGGUCUCCAAGCAAAGAACCUUGCAAAUAAGUCAAAAGAUGCUAGUGGAUCUUUUGUUGCUUCACACCUCAAACAUCAGAUUCCGGAUAAAAAUGCUUAUGGACAAAAUAAGUUGCAAUCUGUAAAGCCUUUUAAUAAUGUUGAAGAACCUGAAUCAUCCGUUCGAUCAAAAGAAAGAAAUGGUGUCAGAAUACUGCCUGACCUUAAUAGUGCUCCUGAUGGAAAGAUGCAUGUGCAUGCAACAACAUCAACUGUCCACAAAAGAGAUGGUUCCACCGUCCGGUCUAAAGGCUCAAUUCUAGAAAAGGCCAUCAGGGAGCUGGAAAGAAUGGUUGCAGAAUCAAGGCCACCUGCAAUUGACAAUCAAGAUGGUGAUGCUUCGUCCCAAGCAAUUAAAAGAAGAUUGCCUAGAGAAAUAAAGCUGAAGCUAGCCAAAGUUGCCCGACUCGCGGCAAGCCAAGGGAAAAUGUCAAAGGAUUUAAUAAAUCGCCUCAUGAGUAUCCUGGGUCACUUAAUACAGCUCCGGACUCUGAAGAGAAACUUAAAAAUCAUGGUAAACUCAGGGUUGUCAGCAAAGCAAGAGAAAGAUGAUAAGUUUCAAGUGAUAAAAAAGGAAGUUGCUGAGAUGAUCAAGACUCGUGUCCCAGCAUUGGAGUCCAAGGCUAUGGAGCAACAAGCUGGAGCAUCUGAUGAUUUUCAAGAUCUUAAUUCAGAAAACAAAGGAGUUGUGAAACGGAAAUUCAGCAUGGAUGCUGCGUUGGAGGACAAAGUUUGUGAUCUCUAUGACCUUUUUGUUGAUGGACUGGAUGAAGAUGCAGGUCCACAUGUCAGAAAGUUGUACAUGGAGCUCGUAGGGCUGUGGCCAAGUGGUUCCAUGGACAAUCAUGGCAUUAAAAGAGCAAUAUGUCGGGCAAAAGAUAGACGAAGGGCCAUUUACAGCCGAAACAAGGAAGAGGAGAAAAUCAGAGGGAAACAGUUAAUGCCAGCUAGACUGGAGGAAGCUGUCCGACCUGGUCCGAGUACAGCUUCCCAGACGCAGAUGCAGCAGCACGCGCGUGAGAGAUCGACUAGCGAUACAGGUAGUGGACCUGUGUUGGCUUUGGCUAGCAAGCCGAUGUCCGGUCUGUCAGCGAUCACUCAGGGAACCAGUAGCAGUGUCUUGGCAAGUGCCCAUAAUCCGGAGAGGCCAAAGCAGGACAGGGCGAAAGGAAGUGUUUCCAUGGAAGAAACGAAAGCGGUAUUUGCUUCUGGUGAGGGAGUUCCGUUGAAGAAAAAGGUGAAGAGAAAGCCAGAAGCUGAACUGGAUCAAACCCACCUCCGGCCAGAGAAGACUUAUCUGCAGUCGAGCGAUGAAAGACACAAGUCGGUUAAGGCUGCUCCAGUGGUUUCCCAGAAGCUAAGCCUUCAAUCUGCUGUCCUGCCGCCGCCUCACAGUUUCGAACAAUAACAGAUCCAAGUACAGUUCAAUGAGACGUAGCAAAAGGAAUCACAGCCAUCAUUGUAACAGUGCUCCUUUCUUCUUUUAUUUUUGAUAGGGCAAAAGCGUAAUGCUUAAAUUCCUAUCUCGUAGUAAACCGGAAAGUCCGGGUAUCGUCUCUCAGGGACUGGUACAACCUUAUAUUCUAUCAAAUUUAUGAGCAAACUAUAAGUGAACAGAAUUUAAAGUGACUAAUUUCUAAAAGCAAAAUAAACUAAACGAAUUAAG